AUGCCUUUCGCAAUUAGUACUUUACUUGUUGCAAAUCAACAAGCGGUUGACUUGAAGACAUCCAUAUUUGGAGGUAGUGGAAUAGCAACAAGUAACAAUGUUUAUUCACACAAGAAGGAUGGCCGGCAGACACUGACAAUUCCACCACAAAGAAAAAACAUGUUAAAGCAAUUCACUGUUGUUUUAUUGAGCUUGGCUCUUGUCAUUGCUUUCUGUAACGCAACCACUGUCAACAUUCUUGACAACAUUCCAUCUUCUGAACAGGCAGGUAUUUUGACUGGUGCAUCCACAUACGAUUGUGCUCCUGUUAUUACCAACAUUAUCAACACGUACAUUUCAACAACAUCUGACAGUACCAAUUCCCAACCAUACAAUAUUGGUGUAAGAAUCUUCUUCCCAAAGGGCAUGUAUACCAUUUCCUCCAAUUUGACAAUUGUUAAAGAUGGUGUUACAUUGAUGGGUGAAGGUACCCAAUCCUCUGUUCUCUAUCUUCGUGGAGCUGGUAAAGUUAAGGUCGGUAACAAUGCAUCACCAAUGCAAAAUGUAAAGGGAUUUAAAGUUUUUGAUUUGGCAUUUGUAAACACUGGUUCAUCAACUGGUUCACCAAUGGUUGAUUUGGAUUUGGUUUCCAUCUCACAAUUCGAAAGAGUUUAUGUUAAGAAUAACAAUCCUAAUGUUGCCAUUUCCAACAUGAGAUUGAACGGUUACCAAUGGUUGAAAUUUGAUAAUUUGAACUUGAAUGGUGCAACUGAGCACAAUUUAAUUGUCGAUUCUAUGGACGCUGAAAAUUGGAAUGCUUUUGUCCACUUUGACACUUCCAUGUUUACUUUGGGAACAGCAAAAGCAACUCAAUCAUCAAAUAUUGUUUUUAGAAAUGCUGGUUCUGAUAAUACUUUCAAUGCUGUUGCUUUCCAAAUGUCAAAUUGUCAUUUGAGCUAUUAUCCAGGAGAUGGAGAUUACACCAAGGAUACUUAUGGUAUUCGUUUUGAUUCUUCAUUGCCAGGUGCUGUAAAUGUUAAUUUACUCAUGACAGGAGGUGCCUUUGAAAAUCAAAAGACAAUGGUUUCAGUUCCAAAGGCUGCUACAGUUGACUUUUAUUCAGUUCUCUUCUUGGGUAAUCUUCAUGGAAGUACUGCUGUUGGUUAUGAUGAAUAUAAGGGACGUUUCAGCUUCUACUCUUGCAGAUUUGUCAAUUUGGAUGCUGGAAUUACUGCUGGUGGUGCCAAGAAUUUGUUUGGAUCUACAAUCUUUUACAAUAUUGCUGGAAGCAAGUUGAAUUUCAAUGCAUUGAGUGCUGAUGGUACAUUUAUUGGAAUUGUUUUGAAACAAUCAAAGACUGUUAGUGUAGCUGCUGGAUCCACCACAGCGACACUCACAUUCGAUAGUGCAUUCGAAAGGGUACCAAUCAAAUUUUCAUUCACUCCAACUUGGUCCACCUAUUGGAGCAUUCAAAGUGUAUCAACAACUGCUAUUACUAUCAAGUUUGGAACUGCUCCAACUGUGGCAACCAAUAUUUAUGUUGAAGCAUCAGCUGUUUAA